AUGAUGGCCAAGAUGGGGCAUGUCGCGGGCAAGGGCCUCGGCAGGACGGGGCAGGGCAUCUCGCGCGCCAUCGAGGAGAAGGGCAACCUGGGCGUCCUCGGCCUCGGCUUCCAGCAGCCGGGCCGUUGCCUCGGUUUCCAGCAGCCGGGCCUGGUGGGCGACGACGCGCCGGUGGCGGAGCCUCUCGGUCCCGAGGAGCUGGCGGUGCUCCCGGAGGUGGUGUGGCUCGACGUCGGCGGCAUCGAGACGCCGUCUGCCGGCGUGAUGGCUGGCUGGGUGGAGGAGGGCGCGCGCAAGGCGUCGAUCGACGACGAGACGGACCAUGUCGACGCCGAGAUGGCCGCCAUCGACACCGCCCUCGAGGGCAUCUUUUCGUGCGCCGACGCGCCCGACCCGCCCUCCGCCUACGACGAGGCCAGUACGUGCUGUGGCGGCGGGGCGGGCGACCACGACUUUACGCCCGGCCGCUUCCACGGCUGCGCGCCGGCCGAGCUUUUCCACCCCUACUACGGUCCGGCCAACGACGGCGACCUGUACUCGUCGCCCAACCUGCGCGGGCUGCGCGAGCUCGUGAUGCGCUCGACGGACGGGCAAGGGCUGCACAUGAUGAUGGCCGACGGCGGCUUCGACGUGUCGGGCAACGAAAACAUCCAGGAGCUCAUGAACAAGCAGCUGCUGCUGACGCAGUUCGCCGCCGCCGCCGGCUCGCUGCGGGAGGGGGGCCACUUUGUGUGCAAGGCGUUUGACGUCUUCACGCCCUUCUCGGCGGGCCUGCUCCACCUGAUGGCGGCGCACUUCUCCUCGAUCGCGCUGUACAAGCCCGCGCAGUCGCGCCCCGCCAACUCCGAGAGGUACGUCCUCUGCCGCGGCUUGCGUGGCGGCGGCGCGGGCGCGUCGCUGUUCGAGCACUUGCUCUCGGUCAACGAGCGCAUCAACGAGCUCAAGCCGAGCUGGGGCCGCUCGCAGCUCGACCCGACCGGCCGCGACGUACUCGCCCUCGUCCCGCUGCCUCUUCUCCGCGCGUCGCCCGUCGGGGCGUACCUGCGCGAGUCGAAUGACCGCAUCGGCGUGACGGAGCAGGUGGACGGCUCGCUGCGCGACGCGCUCCACGUGUUCGACGCCGCCGUCAUCGCCGGUGACGACGCGUACCGCCUCUCCGAGCUGCCGCGCGCGCUCGAUGAGGCCGAGGCGCGCGCCUCGUCGGGCGUGCGCGGGACGCGGUGGCCGUUCUGCGGCGCGCUGCUCUUCCCCGGCCACGCCGUGCCGUCGACGCAGCCGCCGGGGCCCGGCUGGGACCGGCACCGCUGCCGCUCGCGGACGACGGGGCAGGAGCACCGCUCGCGGACGACGGGGCAGGAGUACUACGCGAGCGCGAGCCACCCCGGCCAGUCGAUCCCGAUCGUGCGCAAGCCAAUCUCCUUCCGCGGCUGCCUGCAAGCGCUCGUCCGCUGGGACGCGCGCCGCGGGGACGUGCCGCUGGCCAAGCUGCGGCAGUUUGGGAAGGAGGUGGCGGCGAUGGCGGGCGGCUCGACCGCGAGGUGACGCCGCGCGGCGCUUUCGCGCGCGCCACGGGCGCCAUGCAAGGACAGCGCGAAGGCGUGUUUUGCCACCGGCAAGAAUUUGC